UGUAAAGGACCCUACAGCCGUAGAAAGAGCAAAUUUACUGAACAUGGCUAAACUGAGUAUCAAAGGACUCAUUGAAUCCGCUUUGAGCUUUGGCCGCACUCUGGAUUCCGACUACCCUCCUUUGCAGCAGUUCUUUGUUGUCAUGGAGCACUGCCUGAAGCAUGGCCUUAAAGUAAGAAAAUCCUUUCUAAGCUACAAUAAAACCAUCUGGGGUCCUCUGGAACUUGUGGAGAAAUUGUAUCCAGAAGCUGAGGAAAUAGCAGCAAGUGUCAGAGAUUUGCCUGGCCUUAAAACACCACUGGGCCGUGCAAGGGCCUGGUUGCGGUUAGCACUGAUGCAGAAGAAAAUGGCAGACUAUCUUCGCUGUCUGAUCAUUCAAAGAGAUCUUCUCAGUGAAUUUUAUGAGUAUCAUGCACUAAUGAUGGAGGAAGAAGGAGCAGUUAUUGUUGGGCUAUUAGUUGGGUUAAAUGUGAUAGAUGCUAACCUGUGUGUGAAGGGAGAAGACCUAGAUUCACAAGUCGGGGUGAUCGAUUUCUCUAUGUAUUUAAAGAGUGAUGAUGACAUUGGGGGUAAGGAAAGAAAUUUACAGAUUGCUGCAAUUUUGGACCAAAAGAAUUAUGUUGAAGAACUAAACAGACAACUGAAUAGCACGGUUAGCAGUCUACAUGCAAGAGUUGAUUCACUAGAGAAAUCAAACACUAAACUGAUCGAAGAGCUAGCGAUAGCCAAAAACAAUAUAAUUAAACUUCAGGAAGAAAAUCAUCAAUUAAGGAGUGAAAAUACCCUUAUUUUGAUGAAAACACAGCAUCAUCUAGAGGCAACUAAAGUGGAUGUUGAAGCAGAACUUCAGACAUACAAACACUCCAGGCAGGGUUUAGAUGAAAUGUACAAUGAAGCACGUAGACAGCUUCGAGAAGAAUCACAACUUCGACAAGAGAUGGAGAAUGAGCUAGUGGUUCAAGUUAGUAUGAAACAUGAGAUAGAACUUGCCAUGAAGUUGCUGGAGAAGGACAUCCAUGAGAAGCAGGAUACCCUCAUAGGCCUUCGACAGCAGCUUGAUGAAGUUAAAGCAAUUAACAUGGAAAUGUACCAAAAGCUGCAGGUUUCUGAAGAUGCCAUGAAAGAAAAGAAUGAAAUAAUUGGUCGAUUAGAGGAUAAGACCAAUCAAAUUAAUGCAACCAUGAAACAACUAGAACAAAGAUUGCAGCAAGCAGAGAAGGCUCAAAUGGAGGCUGAGGCUGAGGAUGAGAAACUUAAGCAGGAAUAUAUGAAUAAAUCUGGAAGUCUCCAGAAAGAAUUCUCCCAGAAGGAGGAACAACUGAUUCAGCUGGAAACAGAUUUGAAGAUAGAAAAAGAGUGGCGGCAGACCUUAGAGGAUGAUCUUCAAAAGGAAAAGGAAACUGUAUCUCAUCUGAGAGUAGAGACACAAGAAAUAAUUAACCUUAAAAAAGAGUUCCUUAAGCUUCAGGAAAAGAACAAGCAACUGAAAAGAAUAUGUCAAGACCAAGAAGCUGCUCUCCAAGAACUGGCAUCCAAGCUGAGCGAAUCAAAGCUGAAAAUAGAAGAUAUAAAAGAAGCGAACAAAGCGUUGCAGGGCCAAGUGUGGUUGAAGGACAAAGAGGCUACACAUUGCAAGUUAUGCGAAAAGGAAUUUUCUCUUUCCAAAAGGAAGCAUCAUUGUAGGAACUGUGGUGAGAUCUUCUGCAAUGCCUGUUCUGACAACGAACUGCCUCUGCCUUCCUCGCCAAAGCCUGUCCGGGUCUGUGAUUCCUGCCAUGCAAUACUUAUACAGAGGUGCUCCUCUAAUGUGCCGUAA